AUGCCUACCAGACAAGAUGUUAUCAAUUUUGCUGCCGGACCAGCAGGCAUGGCUACGGAUGUUGUAGAAGAGUAUGCCAAGGACUUUGUGAACUUUCAAAACCUUGGUAUGGGUGUAGGAGAAAUCUCCCAUCGUAGCAAGGAAGGAACUGGUAUCGUAAACCGUACCGAGCAGAGUCUUCGUAGAAUGUACGGACUUCCUGAUAACUUCCAUAUUCUCUUCAUGCAAGGAGGUGGUACUGAACAAUUUGCUGCCGUCUUGUAUAAUGUGUAUGCGCAUCACGCACUUUACAAUCCCAAUGCCAAGGAGUUAGUGGCCAAUUACAUCGUCACUGGUUCAUGGAGUAAAAAAGCGUUGAAUGAAGCUCAACGUCUUGGAUUUCCCUGUCACGUAGCAGCUGACACGAAAGAAUUGACUGGAAAAUACGGUUGUUUGCCAAAAGACUCUGACCUUAACUAUACUCGCGCCGGCGAAACCUCUUUGGUUUACUGGUGUGAUAAUGAGACCAUCCAUGGUGUAGAGUAUAAUGAACCUCCAGCAAAUAUCCCCAAGGGCGCUGUUCGUGUUUGUGAUGCUUCUUCGAACUUUAUUUCUCGAAGAAUCGACUUUACUAAGCACGAUAUCCUAUUUGCUGGUGCCCAAAAGAACGCAGGCCCUGCCGGUAUCACAAUGGUUUUUGUCAGAGAUUCAAUUCUGGAGCGUGCCUUGGUCCCAGACCUUCAUAAAAUGGGCAUCCCUGUUUCUACUACUAUGGCCGACUACAAACUUAUGGCUGAUAGCAACAGUCUUUACAACACCCUUCCAAUUCCUACGCUCCAUGCCAUCAACUUGGGACUUCAAUACAUGGAGGGAAAGGGAGGAUUACCCUUCUUGGAAGAGGCUUCUUAUAAAAAAUCUGAAAUGGUUUACCAAGUUUUGGACAAGUACCCUAUCUAUGAAAACUUUGUCGAUACUUGUGCUCGCAGUCGUAUGAAUGUUACGUUCAGAGUCAUAAGUCAGGAUCUUGAAAAUAAGUUGCUCGUAGGAGCUGAGAAACUGCAUAUGAUGCAAUUGAAAGGCCAUCGCAGUAUCGGCGGUGUUCGUGUUUCCUUGUAUAACGCCAUUACUGUUGAGGAAACAGAACAGUUAGUCAAAUACCUUGAAUCAUUUGGUGCUGAGCAUUCAAAGUGA